AAACUUAUUACCAUUUUCCUUCUAUAUUCUUUCUCCAUUUGUAAAGCUGAGUGAACUCGUUUCCCGCCGUUAGACUUUCGGAACGUUUCUGUUGAUUUACGUUCCUCCAGACGUGAAAACGUGCCUGUCAUUUCCAGCACAUUAAUGGUGGCUGAAAAUUGUCAGUUCAUGUUUUGUGAAAAGUAUUUUGAGCGCAUGUGGUCACGACAGCCAACAGCAUCUUGGAAAUAGUGGUGGAUUUCAUGUUCUUCUGUACUUUUGGUUUUUAUUGUGCAACGUUGUUAAUAAAUUGAGAAAGUAAGGUUCUUCAUUAACGAGAAUUAUGGCGAUUAAAUCCAACUGAAAGAGUGCAAAGCCGCCAUCUUGGUUUACGGCCAUCUCAGAGGUAUAAAACGAAAGUCGCUACAGAACUUUGUGGAUGGGCUCGAGCAAGAAAUAUUCCGAUUUCUACAUUUCUUAACUCUGAUUCAAAGACCUGUAUCCUAGCUUGAUUUGCUCUUCACGAUACCUACUUUUCCACAGUUUUAGAGGAGUAUUUAAUACACGGACUCAAAAUGUUUUGGAAAUUCGAUUUGCACCCAAGCUCUGCUAUAGACACGAUGUUGACGAGAGAGGUGAGUUUGAUUUUUGUAUGCAUUCGUUUUGCAAUCAGCUCGAGAAAAUUUUUUUUAUUCUGUGUGACAUUCUAUUACUUGUUGAAAUCGUUCUUUUCUAGGACUGUACUUUGAGCGAAAUAUUGGACGAAGAUGAUGUGUUGCAAGAGACAAAAUCGCAGAAUAGAAAGUUGGUCGACUUGUAAGUAGGACAUCUCUUUGCAUCGUAGACAACUCAGACUUGUUUGCUCAAAAAGAGUUCAAGUCCGUCUAGGUUUCAUAAAUCGACUUUAAACGCUGCUCACGGACCAAAGAUCUAAGUUUAUUCCAAUGAAGAAUGAGCAUUAAAUAGUUAUAUGAUAGUGACGUUUUCUCAACUAUGUCAAACGUCUCUUUUUGAAAUAAUUGCUUCAGAUAUAAAUUUGCACGGGAAGUGAAACAAUUGUUGACCUAUGAAAAUCAUCGAUUAACGUCAUUAGGGAUGGAGGAAAGAAUAUCAUAUCCAAAUUUGUGAGGUUAAGAUGAAAGUGCGGAGUUAGUGUACUAUAAAUAGCAAACCUUUGAUUACGUCUUUAUACGGACCCAGGAAAUCAUUAGAAAUGUGUACUCGUUGUCAGGCAUCUCAAUUGGCUUAUCGAUUACGACUUUCUUCAUGGUCGUAGAAAAAAAAACCGUCGAUAUUCUACGCAGUAGCUUCCUGAAUCUUCCUGUAGUGUUGUGAAGAAAUUUUGUGCUGGCAUGAUGUGUGGGAGUGUUUAUUUUUCAUUUACCUCACACAGAAUGCAUUUCUUUUCUUUUGGAUACCUUUGAUUUUUUGAGCCUUGCUGUUUUAUUUGAAUUCUUUUGUAUGCAGUGUUUCACGAAAACAUUAAUUUAAUGCUCAUAGAAAGAAGAGAUUUUUCCAUUUUCUAAGCAAAGGAUCUGUUAACAUUUUGCAUUCAUCUGUGUAGAAAUGGUGAAUUGCAAAGGUAAACAUUUCAAUGUGCCCAGAGGCUUACUUUCAAAAUGUUUAGUUCACUGUUCUAGUCUAAAAUGUGCCUUAUGAAAGUGAAAAGGUUUUAGUCUUGCACUCUGUGCUGUAGAACCUGUGGGUAUUGUCGCUUUUGCAUUUUAUCUGUUUUCUUACUUGGUCAAAGCUUUGCCUAAAUGUACAAUUUGACAAAGAGGAUGCCAAAAAGGAAUUAAGAAAAAUUGUAAAAACAGACUGAUAACCUUGAUUAGAAAGUGCCAGUUCAAAAUGUUUAGGUUCAUCAUCCAAUGUAAUUUUGAAUAUGAUCUUGUGAGACUGUUUCAAAAGCAGAAAGUAUUGAGAAGAGUGAGAGGUGUACUCUAGUAAAAAAUGUUACGAAAAUUCCUGAACCACAAUGAUAAGAUUCUGUGAACUUGAGGUUUCAUAUAUGCUGUAAGGUACAUCUUCAAGGUAUGACUGCUUGGAGGUCUUCAGAUGUAAAUUUUGUUAUAGAUUCGAAAUCAGCUAGAAUUAACAGUAUAGUGAUACUGUAAAUGAAAAAUAGUAUAAAAUAAAAAGAGAGAAACACCUUAAAUUACUCUCCAGCAGCCCUACGGGAUGUCUAGAUCAUUUCAUCUGAGUGAUUCAUUGUAAUAUGUACAGUGGCAUGUAAUUUGGAAGCUUUAAAGGGGCUCAGUGUAGGAGACAUAAAUCUUCCUUAUUUUUCAACAUUUUUAUGUUACUUCAUAUCAGUGCACUAGUCUCAAAAAGUGAAGGGGAAAAAAAAAAAUGAAGGGGUCAUUUUAAAUGGGAAUCUUAUAAAUGGAAAUACUCAGAUAGUAGCACUAUUAACGAGAUUGUAAAUUUGAAGUCAGUAUGUGAAAUGGAUACUGCAAAUUUGGGUUUGGUUUAUUUUCUUUUCACAUGGUUAGCUGGUUUUCAUUGAAGAAAAAAAAUUGGUAAAGGAAUGGGGCUCUCAGAUCUUGUAAAACCCACGAAGUCCUGGAAUUUUACAAUGUCCUUCUUAUGACCUGGAAAGUAAUGGAUUUUUUUGAAGUGAAGGAGUAUAAACUGAUUUACUUGAGUAAAAUACCUUCUAAAACCAUAUGUUAUCAGUGAUGCACCAGGCAACCUUUCCUGUAAAGAAAAUGGCCAUGCAAGUUAAAUGGCCACUGAUGUUCAUUUUAUUUUUGUGUGACAUACACUGAAGGCAAGGUGAGGUAACCCCUACAUUACUCAUUCUUUAUCUUUAUUGCCCAGUUUUACUAGACCAGAUAUUUUGGAGGAGCUAGUUGACUAUGUUUUACAACAACCAGAUGACAGUAAAGAUGAAAGUGUGAGAUACAAGUAAGUAGGCAUCAUCAGCACUUCCCUCUUGAUAGGGAGCUAUGUCACCAUGCUGUGUUAUUAUUCUGGUAAAUUUCUUGAUAUUUUUUGUAAAAUGUUCAAGAUAAUACAUGUGCCCUCAUUAACUGAUAGGUGUGAAUGUAAACACAACUGGGACAUCAUGCUUUCUAUACUUUCUGAAUUAUUUUAUGAGAACAGAAUAGGAUUUUCCUGUGUUUACAUAGCCUCGUCUAAACACUUAGAGUUAAGUAGAAUUCUUGAAAAUUCUACAAACCCUUGACUACAUCUUCAGUUUGUAUAAUUGUUUCUGAAUUCUCCCAACCUCCUCAUGUUUAAUUUAGGCAACAUAAACAUAGAAAAAGUCCACUAUUGCAUAAAUAGCAAUUCUAAAGAAAAUAUGUGAAUGAAUUGAUGGUAUCAUUGAAUUUGUUCAUUGGUAAGGUUGUUUGUACCAGUUUAUAUAGGGAAGUCUUGACACACUGGUUUGUGGUUGGUUUUUUGUCAUUUGUUUGAUAACUUUGACUCAUUUUUUGACACAAAUUGCUCUUUUGCAGACAUCCUAACACUGCUUGUGAAGUUUUGACAGCUGAUGUGUAUGCAAUCAUUGAUAAGUUAACAAGCAAUGAGGUAUGAAACUUGCUAGGGUAUGUAUGCACUUUGAAGGAUAAAGAGCUUUUUUCUUUUAAAUAGGAAGGAAAUUUUUUACAUACCACAAGAAUUAGUCACUCACCUUCUUAUGCACUUAAAGACAAAAUAUAGAUUUAAAAUAAGCUAUGCAUGUGUUACACUUCUCAGUUUUUGCCAGAAGUGACACAUGUCCAUUAAAUUAAUAUUAGUUGUAAUUAACAAAUUUUCAGACAUCUUUGCCAUUUUAUAUUUCAUCUUUUCCUUGGGAUGGUGAAUGUAAAUUGCAUUGUUCUUAAAUCAUUUUCAGGACCUUUUAAAUAAAAUCUGGUCAUUCAUGGAAUCUGAACCUCCACUCAAUCCCUUACUAGCUAGGUAAGAAUUUUCCUUUUUAAGAAUUUUUUUCUGAUAAUAUUGUAAUAUGGAUACUGAUAAUAUUGACACAUUUGGCUUGUGAUAGAGAGCUGGAGCUUAACCUCACCAAUCAGGAAAUCUGCUAGUGGGCAAACAGAGUUUUGCAAAAUAACAAUUACUUUCUGGGCAGGCAUAAUCUUCACUCCCCCCACCCCCACCCCUCUCCUCAUGUUUGACCGUCGACCACCCCCUUGGUACAAAUUUCUUUUUCUCCCCAACUUUCCGUUGCCAUUAAAGUCAAAGAUGGCAGCCAUAAUUUUCCCUAAGAAAAUACUGAGUACUCACUCGCCAAAUUAUGUUUGCUCUGCAAGUUAUGGUUUCAGUGAUGAUUCCUUUACAUGGGUGUAGGUCUUCUUCAAAUUGGCCCCUAAAUUUCAUGAGUGAAAUUAAGUUUGGAAGGUGUAUCUGAAUUCACAUCAGCUUGUCAAGCAAUGUUUUUGCUAAUGAAGAAGUUUUGAGACCUUCCAUGUUUCCAUUUAACCUUUUUUAACUUGUGAUAUUUUGUGUUUCUCUUCCAGUUUCUUCAGCAAAGUUAUGGUAGUUCUUAUAAGUAGGAAGACAUCUUUGGUAAGUAAGCUUUCCUCUCCAACAAUUCAAGUGGUUUUUAGAAUUUGUUAGACUUGUAUUGAAGGAUAUUUUUCACCUGACUAGAAUUGUUAUUGUUUAAAUAUCUUUUUAUUAUUUAUUUUAAGAUGUUAGAGUACUUUAAAAGUAAGGAAGAUUUUGUGAAUGCCAUUGUGAAACAUCUUGGUACAUCUGCUGUUAUGGAUUUACUUCUACGAUUGAUAACCAAUGUUGAAUCACCACAACUACGACAAGACCUGCUUGAGGUAGAGUUUCUUCUUUUUAUUUUCUUGGCUUAUUUGCUUGGUUAGCUCAGGUUGUUUAAUGCUGGAGGCUGAGGGCCCAAGCCUAAGACUAAACCUGCACUCAAGGGUCUUGAAAAUAAUGAGGAGAAGGUAGUGUCUUUGUUAUGACAUCCACAAAUGGCUAGAUAUUCUUACCAGUCUUCUUAAACUAGGACAAUAAACUGUAGACCCUGUCUGCGUCAUCUCUGUACUGGCUAGCAGGGGACAUUAAAGAGCCUAUGCACUUCUUGCAAAGAGUAGAGAAUAUAGCUCACUUUGUUGUGGUCUAGCCUUGAUUCCAAAAUUGGGUUUCUGCAGAAAUUCUCAGUUAAAAUUUUAAACUGCUUGUGCAGUCUCCUUGUAAAGGAUUCCUCUUCUUCUUUACCAUGUUUUGAUAAUUUUUGUUCUAUAGUGGUUGAAUAGUCAAAAACUUGUGGAGAGUUUGGUCUCAUUAAUAGAUCCAGGAAAUGAUGAAGAGGUUGGUAGUUCAACUACUUUUACCUGAACCCAUUUGAAAUUGAAUGAAAUUUUGUUAAUUUGUAAAAAUGUUUACUGAGAGGACUCCUAUUUUUGCAGAGAUGUUGCAAUGCAGCACAAAGCCUGUGUGAUAUAAUCAGACUUAGCAGAGAUCACAUGUCACAGCUCCAAGAGAAUGCUGAUCAAGAUCCCUUACUAGAUGCAAUUCAAAGGUAUGCUCAGGUGGUGUGUUGAUUUUUAUGGUUACUUCCUGAAUGGUGUGAAGAGUACACGGGUUUGGGCAAUGGGCCUGAAAUUAUUGAUCAGUUUUAACCUUUUGAUCCCAACGAGUGACUAGCAUAUAUUUUCUUCCUUACAAUAUCACCCCUGAAUCAAACAUUAAGGUGAUGAGAACAAAGAAAAUGAUCACCAGCUGUAGAGGCUCUGGAUUGUUAAACAAAUUCUCCUUGCCAGCACCUUAGGAAAUGUAUAGAGAACAGUAUUGAGAAUAUGGAUAAUGAUGUCAGGUUAUAAAUGGUUGCCAGUUGUCAGCCAUUAUAAUAUAACUUUUAUUUCUCCAAAUGUUCUCUAGAUAUGUUCUCUAGAGAUACUGUGAUCCUUUGUUCCACUUACCUAGCAUUUUCAUUUUGAAGAAAUAAACUCUCAAUUUGUAAGAUUUUUUUUUUGUUGUUGUGAUUUUUAAUUGAUUUGAUAUGUUCUAUUUAGGAGAGAGACUGUAUCAGAGUUAUUGGAUCACAUGCUUCGGGAUGCCAAGCUUCACCCUGAUGUUGCACUGGUCAAUGGAAUAUCUGUUUUACUCACACUCUUGGAAGUCAGGAAAGGAAGGUUUGAUUACAAAUAUAUAUCAUGCAUUGUUCCACAUAUUUUAAUUGAAACGUUAUCUUUAGAUGUACUUUAAACAAAACAAUUUUGAUAAUUUUAAAUUUGCAUGUUUUGAUGCUUAUUUCAGUGGGGAAGGUGAAGAACCAAUGACUGCUUUGGAUGCUGAGAGACUUGCACAAGGUAAGAGAACAAAGCUAACUUAAUUUUGUGAUCUUUUUUCUUGACAAAAGUUGCGUUUCAAAUGAUAAUUUAAGAAGUACUGAUAGGUUAGAAAUGUGUAGUAAAGAUAUAUCUCUUGGAAUGUUUUAUUUACUUCUGUUUGCUGUUGUUGAUUUAUUUUUCAGGUGUCAGUGCUACAUUAGCUGCUCUCACACCCAGACUUAAAGAUUUUCAUCAGCUUCUAGAAGAUCCUCCUCCGGUAAGCUGCAUUCUUUUUCUCCUUUUUGAUUUAUUGUAUAUGCCUUUUCUUGUUCAACUACUGCAACAUAAACAUGUGAUGAAUAUCAUUGUUGGCUUCUUCUUUUGUCAGAUGAAACCAAUGCUUACCACUGUUGGAACAUUAGAUCCUCCACUUGGAAAUGCUCGACUUCAAACCUCCAAGCUGAUCGCUGCUAUCUUAGCCACUAAUAGUGAUACAAUUAAUGCUGAACUAGCUAAUCUAGGAACAUUACAAGUUUUAUGGGUAUGUAUUCUGUAAUCCAAUAGAGUUCAUUCAUAAUUGAUAUCUUAAGUAACUCAUCUUUGUCUCUUGAUUAUACUAGUGUUUACUUCUUUUUAAGGCUUUUAACAGCAAUGUUAGUAUUUUGUUUGUUCUGCAGGAGUUAUUUUUCAAGUAUUCAUGGAACAAUUUCCUCCACACUCAAGUGGGGAAGUGUAUAACUACAGUAUUAAACAAUCCCCCUACUGAGGAAGAUGGGGAACAGAGUACUCCUUUAGUUGAUGUUGUAAGUGGUGCUUCAAUUUCAGUGACAGUAGCACAACUUUAUGAUUUUGAGCUUGUUUUGUACUAUAGUAAACACAUUCUGUUUCAUUGGCACUGCCAUUUUUGUCUCUUUUUGUUUUUCCAGUUAUUUAAAGAUUGUAAAAUUAUUCAAAGGAUACUGCAGGAAUGGGAGGAUCAUGAUUCAGAUACGUAAGGGCACUGAGCAAUUAUUUGUUGGUGUUAAUUAAGCCAAACAUGAUGUUUUGUGAAUGGUGAACAAGUCAAUCUUUUGCCUAAGUCAAAUGCUUCGACAAGCAAUUGAUCGCAGAGACAAUUGUGAAUUCCAAUCUUUCCAAUAUCAAAGUUGAAAUAACUUUUUUUACCCAAAUAACUUUCUUUCAAUAUAUUUUUGGGAAUCUCUCCCUUAAAAUCCAGGGAUGUGAUCUUUGACUUUCCUGAGACAAGUAUGAGCUCAACUUUUAAUUAGAAGAACUUUCUUGGAGGCAGUAGUUUUCAGGUUACAUAUAGUGUCAAGGACUGUUUGUUUUUAUGUACACUUUGACCAUCACCUGGUAGUUAUUGGUUUUAGUAUAACCUAAACUUUAAAUGGAUCCAUCAGGAAACAUCACCCUAGAUUUUCAACUCAAAGUUUCAUUUUGCUUAUAUUGAAAUUUCUUUUCACAAAACUGCAUUUUGCAUUCUGAAAUAGUUGCUUUCACACAAUUUUUUUUUCUAUGAAAAUUGAGUUUACAAGAAAACAUGUAUGGGUGCAUUGCUUUGUCUAUUUUAUACAGAAGUCAGACCAACCAAAGGAAAGGAUACAUGGGUCAUUUAACAAAUGUGGCAAACAGUCUUGUUCAAAGUCUAGAGAAAGGGAAAAACAAAGCUGCUCUUGAUACAAUUUUUGCUGGUAUGUCAUUCACACAAUUUUCAACACCUUGUGUAGAAUUCAUCAACCACUACAUUAGAUUGACUUAGCUGUUAUAUCCUAACUUAUGUACUUCACUCCUCUUAUUUAAUUAGACUUGCCUGAAAAAGUGCGUGAAAAAUGGAAUGCAUUUGUGAGUGGAAAGUUAGCAAAUGUCAACAAACAGAACAUGUCAGAAUUGGUGAGUUGUUUCCUCUCAAGGAUUAUGAGGCAUUCAAAAUUUUAUUAUCGGGACAAUUUUGUGAUUUCCAUAAAUUUGUUGACCUCCAAAGUUCUUGUCAAGCUAUUUUCACUAUUAACCCAUGUCAGUUAUGUUGUGUUUCUUAAAGUGAGAGAUUACAUUUAUUUUAAACUUUCAUUCAUUAAGUUGUUUACUUGUUUUGUGUGCAUACCAUUGGGUAAUUUUUACUGUGUGUUUUUGUAUUGUGUUGGGUCCAUUUUAACAACCCCCUCUCCCUUCCUACCCCUCCCCACCAACUUCUUGGCAUAACAAAAUUCUUUGUUUUUAUGAGUUGACAUUUUUAGUGGUCAUCAUGAAUGGGUAUCAUUUUUCUUCUAAAAGAACAUUGUUUGAAAGAACUUCUUUCUACAGAAAUUUUACUCAAACAGUUGUGUGGUUCAGUCUUCCUCAAUAUUCCCAUUUUUUUCAUAUUGUUUCUCCAAGGUUGGACAUCAUUUUCAGUCUUCCUCAGAUGAUGACGAUGAUUUCAAGCCCAUGUCCUUUUUACACACGGAACACUCUCUUCAGCAGGUAGGAAUGCUAAUGACAGUCACACAGCUUGUGCUGAAAACAGUUUGUGAUCAAAAGUUUGAGAUUUGAAAUAAUGAACAAUUUUUGAAAGAAGCUAUCCGCAUGUCUCAUACAGGAAACACAGUACACUGUAUUAAAAUAUUGUUAAAAUUAGCGAGUCACAUUUAAGGAGGCUCCAUAGGGUUUUUGCUCAAUGUUGGCAUGUGCACCAAUGUAAUAUUUUUAUAGAAAAUUUUUGUUUUUGCUUUUUAAGGUCACUAAAAGCCAUUAAAAGGCAAUGAGCAAGGAAUCGUUUGCUGUAAAUAUUAUCAAAAUGAUUUUCUUUAUUAAGCUAAGGCUCAACAAAGGGAGGCGCUCACCAGGGAUAAUUUGGCUUUGCCUUUGAUUUUCUUCAAUUUGCAUCAGUGAAAUCUCUCAAAUUUUUCACAAUUUGUGAAAAUUGUCCUGCUGAUCAUUUAAAAGCCCCAAAAAAUUGGGGUUACAAACUAAGGCUGUUUCUUCACUAUUUGCAAUUUUGUGUUUUCUUCCUCUAUUUCAAAUUUGGUCUUAUGAAUUUUUUUAAUUGACAGGCAUUAGGAAGGGCACAAAUAUGUUUAAUCUAGAAAUUCUUUGGAAAUUCCACCAUAGGAAAUGUGAUAAAUCUUACACAAAAGAUCCCUAUUUUUUUUCACAAACAUUUCAUAAUGGAAUAGAACUUUGCCAAGAUCAGUAUCUGAGCAUGCAUAGACUUUGAAUUUGUUGCCUUUUGGCAAUCUUUCCAAGGGUGUUUUCUUUUCAGUUGACCUUUUUCAGGCAAAGAAGGCCUAUGAAUAUUUCGGGUGCAGUUGCUGGAUAUCCUAGAUUCCAUCACAUAAAAACUGUUUUUAACACAUCUUAGAUAGCAAUCAUGCAAUCACAUUGAGCGUAUAUGUUUGUUUCGCAUGUUGACACUUUAAAAGCUUGUGCCAUGUUUGCACCCAGAUCUCAUGCGGUCAAAAAACCCUACGGAACCUCCUUAAGGAAGAAAUGUACCUAAACAUGCAUGUGUACUAUUGGGAAGUAAAUUUUUGAAAGUUGAAAGUUAAUAUGUACUUUUUGUUGCAGGCAUUUUCAAGAUAUCAGAUGCAGCAGAUUACAACAGAAUUCAUGGAUACAUUUGGUCUGGAUGAGGAUGAGUUCCAAGAACCAGAUGAAUCAAUCACGUAAGUAUUGAAAACUUAUUCCUUUUAGUUUACAGAAAGUAAUGUACUCUGCUCAGUUAUAAUUGUUUUAUUUUGCUGUUUUGUUGCUCUCUUACAGGGGACCAUUUGACAGAAUAGGGGACAUUAGUUUUACUGUAAAUGCUCAGGAAGAUAAUGUGAGUUGCAUGCCAUUUUUUUUCUCUGAGGGAAAUAUAUGAAAGUACAAUGUUUUAACUAAUCUUUUUUUGCAUCAUUGAGUAUUUGUAAUUAUAGAACUAAAUAUGGAGGUCCUGAUCUUGGUUUUCACAAGGCUAUCAUGGGUUUAUACUUCUUAGGAGAGUUCUAGUGCUUUGGGGUUUAAGACCUGAGAGGUUUUUUUUUUUAACUGAGUGUAAUUUGAUUAGUGAAGUAUUAGCCUGGGUAAAGAUUUACGAGGGCUUUGCAAAACAUAGGAUCACAAAAUGCUUACAGUCAUUGUAUUCAGGCAGAAGAAGUCAGGUAUUAUUUUUUGUCGAAUUAGCCUUAAGAGUAAAAAAAUCAAUAACAGGAUUGUUUGAAAACAUACAUAAAUUGUAUUCUACUGUAGUUGUUAUUUAAAGGUGUUUUUGACACUCUUUACAGCCCAAUGCUUCAUUAUUUGAAGCAUGUUGUAAUGAAAAAAUUCAACAGUUUGAUGACAGUGGAAGUGAUGAAGAGGUAAGGACAGUAUAAUUUGCAAUUCCUUUACAACUCCUUUGUGUUUUGUCUUGUUCCCUUGAGAUAUAUCUUUUUCCUGUUUAUGUUAUGUGACCCAAAGUGAUUCCAAUAAUACUUUUUAUUUAUAUCUUUUAGGAUGUUUGGGAGGAAAAAGAACUUACCUUUUCAUCCAUUGCUGAGUCAAGACAUAGGUAAAUGCACUUAUAGAAAUAUACACUCUGAUCUUAUUAUAUACUAGCUACUAUUUGCUGAAAAUCUAAGAUUGAUUGUUAUUUUAAUGCAGUACCCUGUCACCAGAGGGAGGAAAUGAAAGUGAGAGUAGUGAUAGUGAUGAAGAUUUAGAGUCACCUGCUCCUAAAGGUCCCAAUGUACCUUUUGAAAGUGGCAGCAGCCCUCAGGGAUCACCAGUAAAACAACCUCCUGCAGCUACAGAUAAUAAAAUGGAUGUAGAUCCCAGUGAUGGUAAGCAAUUAGUGUAAAGAGAAUUAACAACAAGUAAUGUGGGGACAUUUUAUAUCAGUGAUUGUGGGCAGUAAAAUUGUGUGAAGAUACUUGACUCUUCAUGCAAAGAUAUCUGUAGUUGAUGUAAUUUUGUGAAAUAAUUUGGUGUCAUUUAAUUUGGUCAUGGUUUGAGUACUGAUGCAUUGGUCUUAUAACACUUUUUCCCAUGACUCAUGAAGCUUUUCACUUGUUACUGUAGCAUGAAACAGCGAGAAAUUUCGAAACACUAGUUCAUCUAAAGUUAUGUAGUAUCAUUCUGACAGUUUUUUGGGCCAAUAGAGGCAUUACAUGGUAUAAGGAAAUGGCUCAUGUUACCAAGCUAUGGCUAUGCCACUGGGCCACUUAAAUUGAUUAAAGAAUAGUCAGAACUACAACAAACAAGAGCAUGCAAUAUUCUCUUCAGCAGGGUUUAGUUUUAGAUGAUAUAGGUUUAAUAGCAAAACAGAGAUGAUUACGGAACAUUUUUUUUUACCUUUAGCAUGGUCUCUUGCAUUUGAACCUGAAGAGGCAGCCAUAGAUGAAGCUGUAUCCAUGGAUGCUUCUGAUGUUGGCUGGGGUGAUACACCAGCUGCAACAACAGACGACACAGGAUGGGCAACAUUUGAUAGUUUUACUGAUAUCAGAAUGGCUCCUAGCAGGUUUGUUCUGCUUCUUAAAAAGGCAGUGAAUUGUUAACUGAAAGUGGACUGUUUUAAGUUACAAUUUGUCAGGUUUGAUGUGAUCUUCUGACUUACAAUACAGGUAUUGUGUUGCAGAUUUCCUUGUUGAAAUUCCUUAAAACUGCAAUUUUAUAGUUGAUUGGGUAUAUUGGUGAUCAAAUUUGCUGCAGUUCAAUGUCUUUGGAAAUUUGUGUUUGGACCUUUCUAGAUGUUACUUCAGACCAUGUUAUAACAAUCUAUCCUUUGACAAAGACUAAUUUAUAUCGUUAAGUCAGUCAGUCAGUCAAUUUAUUGAAAUUGUGAGAUUUUCACACUUGAUGGCUUGCAAAACAUUCCUUCAGAUUUGACAAAAUAAUAAUUGAUUUGUGUUUUUAUCAGUGAACCAACACAGGAAAUGGCUGAUUCACCUGUUGCAAUGGAGACAGAACCACCUGCUCCUGCACAGGCAGGGGCAGCAUACAGUAAGUGCUGUUUUUCACUUCACACAGAGUCUAAACAGUAGUCCAUACACAUCUUGCUGGUCUUUCUGCUCUUAAACAUUUAUACCGCAGCACAGCCUGCUUCUUAAGUUGCACAUCAAGGUAAAAGGGGACAGGUUCCCUGUCCACUUUCAUUUCAGUUUUGAUCUUGACAGUGAAGACUUGUUAGUGAAGACUUAGUUUUCUUCCCUAUUUUUUCUUGUAGUAGUCAAAGAGGAUUCAGUUUCAAACAAGCCAGAUGAGUUAAGGUAUGAUCUGAGGAUAUGUAAUGGGCAAGUUUUGUCUUUUUGACAACAGGAUGCAUUAUCUGUAUAACCCCAAAGAUUCUAACAUCUUCAUAAACAUGUUGUUUUCCUGUAAAUUUUCAAAGUUAAUUGGUGUUUGUGUAGUUUUUUACUUAUAUGUUGUGCCAGUCAUUUUGUUUGUACCUGUAUGACUGUCUCACUGAAUUCUUGGCAGUCAGUCAUGUUGAAACCAGGCAUUUUUCCAUUUUUGUGUAGAACACACGGCCUAGUGUCCAGUGCUGAAGCUCUUGGAGUCCUAACAGAUGCAGAUGGUGAUGAGUCUACGAGAAAGGCAGAGCCCUCACCAGUUCAGGAUAGAGCAGCUCGUUACAGGUUAGCAAGACUCAGAUGUAAACCAAAUUACUUGAAUCCUUCAAUCCUUGAAGUAAUCAAACUUAUAUCUGAUUGUAUCCAGCUAUCAAAAUAAGCAGGGACUUUGGGAGACAGCAGGUGCUUAAAACCCUUCUUUCUAUGCAAACCAUGACAAAAUGAAUUAAGGCUAACUUCCAUUGGAAAAUAUUUGGAUUGUAAAUGCAGAGCAGUAGUAGAAGGUAUCCAUGACCUUGCUUGGUUGUUAAUCUUGUUGGCAGGCUGUCUUCCUGGUGACUGCUGAUGAUUACAAGGAAGGUUUACUGCUGUGGGAAAAAGGAAAAUUGUCUGGUUGUAUAUACAAACUUUUAUUUUUCGUUUAGGUGUGAGGGUCAGUCAAUUGACAAUUCAGCUCCACUAGCAACAAAUGAUAGUGAUGAUGACAUCUCAGAUGAAGAAACUGCUGGCGUGAAAUGUGAGGAAGUAUUUUCCAGGUGAGUUAGAAGGGAGUUAUGUUUUCGCUACUUUGUUUAUAACCAGAUAUAACAGGAUGAGUUCUUUCAAGAACAAUAUUGAGGUAUCAAUGGUACUAAAUAACAUACCAUGUAAUUUUUAUUAUCACAUUAGUUUUUCCUUGGAAUAGCAGAUGGUCUUACUCAGACUUGAAGCUUUUUGAAUGGGAAAUUUAAUCUUUACUUUCAAUACACUAGGCAAGAUGCAAAGUGUACUUUGAGAUGCAUUAAAAUGGAUUUGUGGGAAGGUAGCAUGUUACCAAGACAGACAAAGGGAUGAAACACUAUGAACGUAGUUAUCUGUAGGCCAUUCAAGGUUCAUGUGGGAUGUAAUGUUAAACUUGUGUUUUAUUGGAGUGUGGAAGUCAAGUUGAAAAUGCAGAUUGACAGGAAAAUAACAAGCAUGAUUCAGGCCACUUAGCAGUGGCACAUCCACAAAUCAAAAUUAUAUAUUUUGCAUAUUAUGUUAAUAUCUCUCAAUUUCUUUUCUGUUGACACCCACUAGGUUAGAACAAGACAGGCAAACUGAGGCAGUAGUCCCCUCAAACAAAGAGGUUAUGGUGAGUGAUUAUGAUGACAAGUAGAGGAGUUCAUUUAUUAGCAUAAUUUGCAAAUGUUGUUACUAAUAACAACUUUAUACAGGGAAUGAAUACUCUUCAUUGUGUUACCAAGAGGUAGCUAUUGGAUCCUAAUUAUUUUAGUGUGACACAAAGUAUAUAAUGGAGAAUGAUAAAUUUUGUAAUUAUAUCAUAGUUUUGGGAAAAAUAACCUGUGGUUUCAUGCAUCUUUUGUAGGCUGUAAAUAAUGCUCAUGAUGAUCAGAUGACAAGUGCCAAACUGGACAAUGGACCUGUGGACUGUACUAAGGAUACUGAACAUCAGGGCUUAUCAAAGAAAAGUAAAUUGGAUCAGGAUUCUAGGUAUUAAUUUUACAAAUUGCUAUUACUGUUAACUUAACCUCUAACUUCUAAAAGAAAUCAUGGGAAAAAUUUUCAGCCAGAAAUGCUUGAAUCUCACAUCAUACAUUCUUUGGCACUUGUUUUCAUGUUACUUCAAGGCCCUCUCUUUAUUAGUAGUAAAGUGGCAGACAUUUCUUCCUCUUAACCAAUGUCAUGACACACAUGUAUUAAGGCAGAAUUAGUCAACUAACAAUAACUUGUUUGUGUUGUUUCAGGUCACCCCUAAAGGAGUUGGUUGAAACACAAACAAAUCUAGUCAAUGGGCCAGGCUAGAUUUUUCUCUGUUUAUUGUUUGUAACUUUGGCAAAUUUGUAUGUUUAUAGAUGAUGUCCUGUGUAAAAUAUUUUAGUACUGGCUAAGUUUGCUGAAGGAGCUUUACUCAGUAAGCAGGCCUCUGCAUCCAAUUAGGCAAAGGUUAAUUAGAAUUCUUGACACAUCAUAUUCUAGGAUAUCUUUGUACGUGCAAAGAAUUUUGUCAAUUGUAUGGCAUUGGGGGCCAUCAGUUUUUUUUUUAUUUUGUUAUCUGAAUGAAAGUGACACUUGAGGCCAUAACUGAAUGUCAUUUUUUUCUGAGAGGAAAUUUAUGUUGAGCUCAGUUGUUCAAAGCAUGACUGGAACACAUACUGCGAGCUAAUGCUGGUCUGCAAUUGCCAUGUUUUCUCAGAGUAAUAAAGACUUCAUUUCAAUACUUUACUAUCCACUCAGGUAGAUGAUGAAAAUUAAUUGACUGCAGAUUUUCAGGUAUAGAACCAAGUUGUAGUGAAAAGCAGUGUUUGUAAAUGAGUUCAAAGAACCCAAGAUUGGAUUAUGAAGUGGGAAAUUCCAAGUGCUUUGAGCAAAUGAACUAUUGAAUUAAUUUGAAUUCAUGUUUUUAAACUGAACAGAAUGGGAUGGUUGCAAAUACUUAAUUUCAUAAGUUAAUUUCAUUUAUAUGUAAUAAUUUCAAGGAGUUUUGUUUUCACAAAAUACUGGCAAAAAUAAUUUUUUUCCCAGUCUGUAUUAAAUUUCUCAAUAAACCAAGUUUAGCCUUCCUUACUUAUGGGCUUGGUCUCUCUGUACCUGCAACUGUAUUUUUCUUAAUUCUUUUUGUCAUAUUUUUUAGUUGGGCAGUCUUAUGAUAUAGUAUUGUGUGCUAUAGGAAAUUCAGUUAUGGAGGAUUGAAAAUCUCAAGUUAGCAUCAGAAUUCUAAACUUUUGAAUUUUCCUUUGACCUUUUUUUAAAGAAAAUGGAAACAAUGCAGAAAUGUAUAUCAGCUGAGUAGUGUUCAAAUCUGGGGAUAAUGCUUUGAAGAAAUGUUUUGUAGUACUGAAUUACUACAGGUGCUUUUUUGUCUUAUGAUAAGAGGAGAGUGUUAUUAUCAAAAGGACAAGCAAAGUGAUGUACAUAGUAAUUUUUUAUCCUUUAAAGAGUUAUCUUCCUUGCAAGAUUCCUUAGAAAUCUUUUUGUUUUAAGCAGGCAUGAGAAAAUCUCCACCACUGCAUCAUGUUGGUGGAAGAUUUUUAAAAUUAUUAGCAUUGGCAUUUGUAAAAAUAUGAAAACAAAUAAGAACUAUCUUGAAUAGUGAAUUUCCCAUUUAAUGCCAUUUUGGAUUAUGUUACAUGCAUGUCAUUUUUGCUGUCAUUUCAGUGGCUAUUCUAUUCAUGGUGAGUGAAGAUAAAUAUAGCUGACAUGAAGAGUCAAAAAAUUCAAAAUGGGCUGAGCGUAACAUUCAGACUUUGGAAGACUGAUGUUAUUCACCAGUUUGUCCUUGCUUUGCUAUUUUGGAGCCUAAAAUUAAUUGUCAAAUUACCAACAAGGUGUGCUAGUGGUGGAGGUCUUCCUUAAACUUUUUUUCAACGUUUGCUUCCUCAGGAUGAUUGCAAAGCUUUUAUAUAUAACAUGAUCGUGUAUACUUAUGAGAAGGUCAAGAGAAGAUCUCUCACAAACCAAUGGAACAUUACAAUUUCACCUUCUUUUUGUUUUAAAGGGUUAUAGCUGCUAAACUAAACAUUUUUAUUUCCAGUUAACGUGUUACUCAGUCAGGAAUCGUAAAGUUUUCCUUUCAAAUAUCAAUGCAUGUAACAAAAGCUGUACUCUAAAUAAAACUUGUCCCUGUAUUCAAGAGAUGCACACCAUCACAGUUGUUGAAACUUUACUGUAAUUUGGUCUUUUCCCCCCUCUAAUAAAAUUAAUGUUAAGUUGUAAAGUUUUGGUGUUGUUUGUUUAUUAUCCAAUUAGCUACGUAUCCAGGGAUGAUGACACCUAGUCAGCUCUGAAAGCAUUUCAUUCCUAUUUAAGUUCAGAACUUUAAGUAUCAAAAUGUGUUCUUGAAUCUUGCACUGUUAACUUGACCUAAAAAUGUUACCUUUUGACACAAGAAGUAUCUUUAUUUCCUACUCACACAACAGAGAGUUGUGUGAGUAGGAAAGUUUCUUUUGUUAUCUCUGCAAGGGCUUAUGGCCACUUAAAAUAAGUGCACAGAAAUAGACCAAUCACAACCCUACUAAGCAGAGACAUAAUUGUGCACAGAAAUAGAAAGACCAAUCUCACAUCUAUCAUGCUGAGACAUAAA